AUGGAAACUUUAAAACUUUACAAAUUUAGGGAAAAUUGCUGCUGUUGUUAUUCAAGCAUUGAUUGUGGAAUUAAUGUUUGUAAAUGCUAUCUAUCAUUUUGUGAUAGGCAUUUUAAUUUUCAUGUACGUAAAACUUCAUGUGAACUUUUGUACCGAGUCGAAAAAAACAAAAAAUUAAAAAUAAAAAACUGUGAUUUGUCUUCUGAAGACAUGCAAAAAGCUUUAGAACGACUAGGUUUAAUAUUAAAGUGUAAUAAUUAUGAUGAAAAAGUGAUAUUUAAAGACAACGAAGUUGAAUGUCCUGAUUUGGCUAAUAUUGAAUUUAAAGAAAAAAUAUCUAUCGGUAAAUUAGACACUUUAAAAUGUACAGAUUGCGAGGUAUCGAAACAUUUAUACAUUUGUUUUACAUGUGGAUUUAUAGGUUGUGGUAGAAUACAAUAUGGUAUUGAAGGAAAUGGACAUGCAAACCAACACUAUAAAAUCUUGGGGCAUCCAAUUUUUGUUCUGAUUUCUUCUAUAACUCCUGAAUAUUCGUGCGAUACGUUUUGCUACAAUUGUAACGAAUUUGUUAUUAAUCCAUUUUGCGAAUCAAAAAUAAAUUGUGUCGAAUUUGCUGCGCCAGGAAAAUCGUGGAUUGACAGUCAAUAUACAGCAAAAGAGUCUGUAUCAAAUAUAAAAUCUCCUUUUAUUGGUAUUAAAAAUGCUGGUAAUACAUGUUUCAUUUCUUCAGUACUCCAAUUGUUAGGUUUUAUAGUUUCUAAAGAAAAUGUCGAUUUUAAUCGACAUUUUAAAAUCUGUGAAGAACAAAAUCCUUUAAAUUGUAUUUACUGCCAAUCGUGUAAAAUUUUUAAUAAAAUGAUGGAACAGAAAAAAACUUUAGAGGGUGACAAUAUUUCAAUAGUAGACUUUAUAAAAUUAAUAUGGAGUAAAUUUACAAUUUUUGAAAAAAAUCUUCAACAUGAUGCUAACGAAUUUCUUAUAUUAUAUCUUGAUCUUAUUCGAGAAGGAGAAUUUCUUGGUAUUUUUCCUAAUAUUUCUCAAUUUUUUUUAAUUAAUAUUGAAAAUGUGGUUUGUUGCAAUUUCUGCAAAGAUAAAAAAGUGGCGCAAGAAGAACAUCUUGUAGUAAAUAUUCCUUUUAAAAAUACAUUGCAAAACAGUAUAAAGGAGCAUUUUAAAGAUCAUUUGACAGAAUGUACAUGUGGAAACGAGAAAUUGAUCUCUAAUCGUAUAAUUUCUCUUCCUAAAUAUCUUAUUACUACAGUAGGUAGGUGUAAAAUAGAGAAUCAAAGGUUAAUAAAAAUUGUAGAUAGUCUUGGAGUUGAUGAAGUAAAUUUAUUAGAUUUUUUAAAAAAACCGUUAUUAUCGAAUUUUUUUAUUCAAGAAUUGGUUUCUAAAGACUUUAAAAAAGAGGAGAUAUAUUUAGCACUUAGCUCAGAAAUAAAUUUUAAAAAUAACGAAGAUAAUAUUAUAAAAUAUAAAGAAAAUCACCGCACCAAUCCCGUUUAUAAAAUACAGGGUUCUAUUAUACACACAGGAACGAAUAUGAAUGCUGGACAUUACAUGUGGUUUGCGUUAAAUUCUAACACGUUUUACCUUGUAAAUGACAAAAAAAUUACCGAAGAAGGAGUGGAAUAUUUAGAGCAGUCUUAUAUUUUAUGUUUACAAUAA